GAGAGAAUGAGGGAGAAGGGGGAGGGUAUAUGUGGUUCAGCAGAGAGCUUGAAGGCUGAUAACACACUCAACCACAGAUGGCUGCGCAAGGCUGCAAAAGCGUGAGGUAGUAAAGCAGACGCAAAGAUACACUGUAUAGAGAGGGGGAGAGUGACGAAGAGAGACGCCGAGAGGGAGGCAUCUGUAACUCCGACAGUGCUGCCAAAGCAACAAAGAGAAGAAGAGAGGGAGGAAAACAGGAUAGGAGGAGUACAAGUCGGGGAAUGGUUCGAUGCAGUGGAUACAAGAUUUUCUGACACUCUGCUCUGGACUCCAGCGACAGUUGGAUGCUCACUCACAUAAACGCUGGCAUAAUUUAGCUUUCACAAUCGGAACUCUCUAAAGUGAACCAUCAGUUGUGUUCCAGUGCUGGCUGUGCGUCUUAGCGCUGAGACGUAGAAGAGGAGGAUAUGAUAAUGCGUGCAUACCUGUGUGCACGUUUGCUGCUAUGACACAGGUGCUCCCAGGUGAGCAUGGCUAAUUUGAAACCAAGUUGUAAACCAACUCCAUGACACCAGCGUGCUUGUGUGAAACACACGGUGCACCAGUGUGUACACGCAUGUGCGUUGACUUGCAAAUGACCAGGUGCACAUAUGGAGCGUGCCUGUGUGUGGUCCCGCCAUUAGCUCAUACGCACACAGACACACACACACAACCACAGGAGGAAGUGACACGCUUGUGCUCGCUCUAGGAUUUCCUGGUCCCCUGUCUGGUGGCGUGCCAAGCGCUGAGUCCAGGUCACCUGCCUCACCCUGUCCUCACCCCUACAGGUGGAUGCACCAGCAGAGGAAUGCUGCCUUUUCCUGAAUGAGUAAUGGACGGUUAGAUACAUUCGGGCUCAGACUGCGGCAGUUUAUUACAUCUGCCUCGUGUUUCAAGCUAAGUCAGCACUACCUCAAACUGUCACUGUGGAACUGUGGUGCUGUGCUCGUACCAGAGGCCGGCUCUUGACCUCUCCAUGACUGUCAAUACAGUGCCGACCCCCUCCAUGACCAGCAGUAACAGCAUGAGCAGCGGGUACUGCAGCCUGGAUGAAGAAAGCGAAGACUUCUCUUUCUUCACAGCCAAGACCUCGUUCUUCCACAAGCCAAAGCGAGCAGCCAAGGAGAAUGAGGCAAAGGAGGAAAAUGAUGGCGGGACAAAAGAUCUGUCAGAGGAAGAGGUGCGGAAAAGGAUAGAGGAGUAUAACGCUCAAGACUCUGACAAUCUCAUGAAUCUGGCCGCAGACGGCUCCUACACAGGUAUCAUUCAGGUCCACCUCAGGCUCAGUCGACCCGUCACAGUCCCUGCUGUGGAGACAGCGGGGUCAGAGGGCGGGUCGCGGCACACAGACUCAAGCAAUCGCUCACCAACGUCAGAAGGUCAGGAAAGGACUGACUGUGGGCAGAGUGAAAAGAGAACGUCUUUCUAUUUGCCAUGCGACUGUGUGAAGCAGAUCCACAUCGGCUCUCAUACCACCACCAGAGAAGUCAUCCAGGGUCUGCUGAAAAAGUUCAUGGUGCUGGACAAUCCGCAAAAGUUUGCACUGUACAGGCAGACGCACCGCGACGGACAGGAUCUGUUCCAGAAACUUCCCCUGUCUGAACGUCCUCUUCUUCUAAGGUUGAUAGCAGGGCCGGACCCGGAUCAGCUCAGUUUUGUCCUUAAGGAAAAUGAGACUGGGGAAGUGGAGUGGCAUGCCUUUUCUGUCCCCGAGCUUCAUAAUUUCCUGGUCAUCCUGGAGAAGGAGGAGGCGGAGCGCGUUCGGGCGGUGGAACAGAAAUAUACAGUGUACCGACGGAAAUUGCAAAAGGCACUGGAACAACAUAAUCCCUGACGUCCGUCACUGGUUACGCUAAGACCUCAACAUAGGGAGAGACUGGUCUUUUGAACACUGACCCCCCACCAACCCCCCAAAAAAGACUGUAUCUGUUCAGAGAUACAGGUACCCUCAGAUCCAUAUCCUCUCUCAGGACGUCCACAGGUCCACCUUCACCCUCCAUACACCCCUGAACUCAGCAUUUGACAGCCAUGUGUGGGUCGCCAGCGGGCGCCACCUGCUGGACGAUUGGAUGCAUUGUACUUUUUGCCAAGAACACACUCACACAAUCACAACAAUUUGUAAAUCCAGCUGGAAGAGAUAAGAUGCAAAGGCUUUUUUUAAAGAUUCUCUCUUCUUCUUUUACUGCUGUUGCUGCUACUGCAAGUGUUACUUAUGCAUGAGAGUCUCUCAGCUCAUCUCCUGCACAUCCAGUGACAAUUAAAUCAGAAGGUGUGAUUACUUAUUUGGCAUCUCUUUGAGAUGGGAGGACAAUCAUACUGAACACCUGGAACUGACUGACACGAUGCUAUCAGAUGUAAUGUGUGUUUGUGUAUAUUUGCUGAGAGUAGGACUCAGAGACUGUGUUGAGCUUUAGGUGCUAAAAUAAAGAAGAGUGACGUGACACAAACGUGAUA